AUGAGUUCAAAACGUGAAGCACCAGCUGAUUCAAUUUGGCAGGACCGAGAUAUACGCUUCGAUCUCGAUCCAAGUGGUAGGAACUGCCGAACAACAAAAGUUAUGAAAAUCUCAGCUUUUCCACUGAUCCGAAGGAGUUUAAUGUUCAGAUUGCUGUGUUUAAUUCCCGGUGAGCAUUUGGUGGAUCGCAUCGAUGGGGUCGAAGAUACCAAAGGCAACAACGGUGACCGCGGUAUUCUGCGAAUAACAAAUCUACGCAUUAUUUGGCAUGCUCACGCUAUCCCACGCAUAAAUCUUAGCGUCGGAUACAAUGCAGUAGGAGGAGUAACGACUCGAAUGGCCAAGUCGAGAUUACGUGGACAGGCCGAAUCUCUGUAUCUGAUGGCUCGCAACGCAAACACACGUUUUGAAUUCAUUUUCACCUGCAUUAAUCCAUCACAGACGAAGCUGUUUACGACAGUAAUAACAAUCCACCGGGCUUACGAGACAUCCAAGCUGUAUCGGGAACUGAAGAUGCGUGGCGCAAUCGUUAACGAUGAGCACCAGCUUCGAAUUCUGCCGCAAGAGCAGCAAUGCGAUCGCUUUGACGGCGUCUGGAAUCUAAGCAGUGAUCAGGUCUACAUUUUGGCUUGCUCAGAAAUAACGGAUUGCUAG